GCGGGCAGUAACGGUAGCUUGUUGUUUGUUGCAGGAAUAAACCGCCGUCUGUUUUAAGCUUUUCAGUCAGGAACAGAGCACUUUAUGUGCUUAUUCGCCUGUAACAACACCGUUUUUUUGCGGACGAUCACUUUUUGACACCACACCUGGAUAUAAAACAAAUACCAUCUUACGCACCGCCUUCGGCACACUUUAGGCUGAGGAACUUGCAGAGCCUGUCUCAGCUUGCCAGCAACAGCAGGUUAAGCGCAGACAUACCUGUGCGAUGGCUUUAUUGACUCUGCACAGGAUCCCAUCCAUCUCCACCGCUCCAGAUGAAAGCCUUCAAAGAAGAGGGAGACUUCAGAAAAGGGAGAGCUUUGCCAUCGUGAAAGGGGCCGUCCAUCUGCUGGAAGAUGGCGAGAGGGCAGACCUUGAUGAGGAGUGUUCUCCUCCCCCAGCUUCUCCUGUAAAAGAAGGCAAUGGAGCAUCAGACACACGCCGCAGACAGCUUCGUGCCAUGGUCGAACAGCUCAGGCCAGAAGACACCAUCAAGCUGGCAGUGCAGUUGGAGUCCAUCAACCCAGUCAGAGUCAGGUAUCUGAUCGUUGUCUCCACCCUUGGCAACAAACAAGAGAGCAUCCUGCUGGGCAUGGAUUUCCCGAGCUCAGACAGUGAUCAGUGCACCAUCGGCCUGGUUCUGCCCGUAUGGAGCGACACACAGGUGUAUCUUGAUGGAGACGGUGGUUUUAGCGUGACCUCAGCCGAAGAGACCAGGAUUUUUAAGCCCAUUUCCAUGCAGACCAUGUGGUCAGUGCUGCAGGUGUUGCAUGGCUGCUGCGAGCGGGCGGUCAAGGCAGCGGUGAUCCCAGGCAACGGCCUGGAGUGGGCCCAGCACUACCACCACCACGUCGAGUCGGACCGCUUCUGCCUCAAUGAGUGGGAGGCCAUGGACGACCUGGAGUCGGUCCGUAGGGACUUUGAGGGACAGAGCUCUGCAGACAGAAUCUCCAAAGAAGGUGUGAUCAAAGAGCACCUGAGGGACAUCAUGAGGACUGAAGACCUGGAUAACCUCACGUCUAAAAUGGUGCACACUGCCCUGAAGACCAGAAUAAGCUUUGACAUUAGACCCUUCAAGGAAUACAUUGACAAUGAGAUCCUGGUCACCAUGGCUCAGAUGGACAAACCCUCCAAAAUAUUUGACUACCUUUACUUGGGCUCUGAGUGGAACGCAGCUAACUUCGAAGAACUGCAGAAAAACAAUGUUGGCUAUAUUCUGAAUGUGACGAGGGAGAUUGACAACUUUUUCCCAGAGUCCUUCACUUACAUGAACAUCAGAGUGUAUGAUGUGGAGACCACCGACCUGCUCUCUCACUGGACAGACACGUACAACUUCAUCAACACUGCAAGGGAGAGUGGACAGGCAGUGCUGGUGCACUGUAAGAUGGGUAUUUCCCGAUCUGGGUCCACAGUGAUCGCCUAUGCCAUGAAGCAGCAGCACUGGCCAAUGGAUGUGGCACUGGCCUACGUUAGGGACCGUCGGUCCAUCGUCAAACCCAACGAGGGCUUCAUGAAGCAGCUCCAGACCUACAACGGCAUCCUCAACGCAAGCCAGCAGCGUCACAGCGCACUCUGGAGGCGAAAGUCAAGAGACCAAAGACAAAAGUCAGUACGCAAGGAGGAGGGAGGGGAGGAAGGAAAGCCAGAAGAGGAAGAGGAGGAGGAGGAGGAGGAGGAGGAGGACGACGACGACAACGACGACGACGAUGAGGGACUUGCUGAUGAAGAUGAAGAGAGUCCAGAUGGAAAAGAUUUGGGUCACCCAGAUGAAAAAGAUGUAUCAGAGGAAGAUACAGAGGUGUUUGAAGAGCCCAACCAGGGACUCAGGCAGCCGGAACCACCAGCAGUCAAUCCUGUUAUCACAGUAAAUGAACCAGACAAGGUCUCCCCGAGUGUUAAUCGCAGUGGAAGGAUGAACCUCCUCUCCCUCAUGCAGUCCAUUAGUGAACUAGAUGAUGAGGAUAAAGGACAGCUGCCUGGCAGUCCGAGGCGGUCUCCAGGGCAGCGGAGGUCUAGCCAAGGCCGACGGGGUCUGAUUCACCAGAGAGCAUGUGUGGAUGUUUCACCUGAGCCGCGAAGCCUGCAGGACGCAGGUCAAAGCAACACCUAAAGAGAUCAAAGACGUGGAAGAGCGGGGAGUUAAGUGGGGGAGAGGGACCUGCAGAGGAUGUUGCAGAUGGAGUGUGCUCUGCUAUCAUGCCAAGGUUUUUAUACACUGAUCCACUCUGGCUUUAUAUUUUAGAUUAUUUAGAUGAUGAAAGUUUUUCAUUGCAUAUUUCAUAAUUAUUAUAAUUGUUGAUAAAGUAGCCUGCUGCAGUAUUUCAAUACCAGUGAAAGCCAGGACACCUGAUGGCUGAAGUGAUUAUUAGUGUACACUGUUGUAUUACGUUUUUCCAAGUGUUUUCACAACACACAAGUGUUUUCAAUUACACACAGAUGUACCGGCUUCCCUCCACGUAGCCACCUCCCUUGUUCUCUCCUCCCUAUAUUAGCUCACGCAUCACCACUCCAGAGAUGCUAUCUAUGCAAUUACUGUUCUCCUUUACUUUUUCACUGUACAUGAGGCUGUUUGCUGCCAAUCCAAGAUCCUUUACAACCCCGAUUCCAAAACAGGUGUGACGUUGUAUAAAACAGAGCUAAAACAGGACGUGAUAACUUGCUAAUCCUUUUUGACAUCAAACAGUACAAAGUCAAUUUAGUUAAUGUUUUAUCUCAUAAACUUAAUCGAUUUUUGGAAAUAUAUAUAAUAUACACUGCUCAAAAAAAUAAAGGGAACUCUAAAAUAACACAUCCUAGAUCUGAAUGAAUGAAAUAUUCUUAUUAAAUACUUCUUUAUCUCAUGCUACCACUAGAGUGAAAGCACCGCCAGCAUUCAAAAGUGACCAAAACAUCAGCCAGAAAGCAUAGGAACAAAGAAGUGGUCUGUGGUCACCACCUGCAGAACCACUCCUUUAUUGGGGGUGUCUUGCUAAUUGCCUAUAAUUUAAACCUGUUGUCUAUUCCAUUUGCACAACAGCAGGUGAAAUUGAUUGUCGAUCAGUGUUGCUUCCUAAGUGGACAGUUUGAUUUCACAGAAGUGUGAUUGACUUGGAGUUACAUUGUUUUAUUUAAGUGUUCCCUUUAUUUUUUUGAGCAGUGUAUAUCAUAUAUAUUCAAUUUGACGCCAGCAAAAUGUUGAAGUCAGUGUUUCAAACAAGUUGGGACAGGAGCAACAAAAGACUGUGAAAGUAGUGAAAUGCUCCAAAACCCCCUGUUUGGAACAUUUCACAGGUAAACAGGUUCAUUAAGAACAGGUGACAUCUGUUUGAUUUACAUUUUACAGCGUUCUUUGUUGAAAUCAGGGUUGUAAAUAUAUUUCAUAUUUUCUCUCAUUAGAAGUUGUAACAUUGUUCACAGAUGGGAGGAUUUCACUGUAUCCAAGCUGUGCAUUACGGACCAAGUCAGGGCCAGUUUUAUGGUGCAAGCGUGUUUGCCAAACAAUGUAUUCCAGUGUGCCAAUGAAUAUAUUUAAUGGAAAAUCUUUAUCAUGUCAGUAUGUUGAGGACCAGUGUCGCCCAUUUUAUUUGUAUUCCCUCUAAACACCAGGGCCCUGUGAGUGCCUUCAACCUGAGAAUGAAAUAUGACUCUAUGACUGAUGUUUUUACUACAACAUGGUGGCUGUAUCUUCUAUGUAUCUUGUAGUAUCUUGUACUGUUUCUCUCUUGGUUUGAUUGCAGUAUAAAUGUGACUUCCUACAGUUUUGCAUGUAUGCAUAAUGCAUUCAUACAUAUAUAUAUAUAUAUCAACAAAAUUGCUGAUGACCUGGAUGCAUGUUAUGUUUUAUACCACCAUGUUGUUCAGGGUUUUCUCAUGUAUUUAUAGUGACAUUUAUUGGAUUGAGGUAAAUUAUUCAAUGUACUGUUUUCAGACUUCUGAUCACUAGACGCUGAUGUGGAAAAUUUCAUGCUGGUGUUACCUUUUAUCCAGUGAACACAAGCUAAAGCUUACUCUCUUUAACCUGCAUGCUCACCGUAAAUGAAAACAUGCACUUUACAACCCCACAAUGCACACUGUUCCCACUGCCUGAGCCAACAUCAUGCUGUGUGAUUAAAAUGAUUCUUUUUUUUAAAUUGUGUCCACAUCCCUAUUCCUCGUUGUGUUAUGCUCUCUCCUGUCUGCACCUCUCUCUUGUUUACAACAUCUACUGAGUGAAAAAUAAAUGAUUAUA